CCGGGACUUGUAUAUGAAACUUCUAAAGAAGACUACAUAAAUGUGCUUUGCAGCAUUGGAUAUACUUCAGAUAUUAUUAGAAUAAUUUCUGGAGAUAACAGCUCUUGCUCGGGAAGCUCAAAGAAUGAAUCGGCAAGGGAUAUGAAUUAUCCUUCACUGGCAGCUCGGGUUCCUGUAAGCAAACCUUUCAAACUUGAGUUUCAUAGAACAGUUACAAAUGUUGGCAGUGCAAAUUCCACUUACAAGGUACAACUCUCUCAAAAUUCCAAGCAUAGUCUCAAUGUCACAGUGGUUCCUGAAGUUUUAUCUUUCAAGUCUAUAAAUGAGAAGAAGUCUUUCAGCGUUACUGUUACUGGAGAAGGUUUUGAGAAAUUUGAUCAUGUGGCUACUGACUUGGUAUGGUCUGAUGGUAGCCAUAUAGUUAGAAGUCCUGUUGUGAUACAUUCAUACGCCUUCGAUACAUUUCAAUGAUCGAGCUUCUUGCAAUCUUGUUCUACAGAUUUCUCAAAUUCAUCUUAAUUAAUAUGUAAGGCCUAGCAGUAGAGAUCCUAAAUGACACUUAAAAAAAAAAAAAUGCUGCAGUAAAAUUCAGUUACUUCG